GUCUGUCACUCUUAUUUGCUACAUACAACACUGGUUAUACAGGGCUUUUAUAGCUUUUAACUGGCACUUUGGAUUGUACCUGAAAUAUACUGGUAGCCAAUAAGGUUAAUGAGAAACCCAAGUUAACUGUGGCCUAUAAUUGUCCCAGACUAGCAGGCUGGCUGAAUCAUUCUGGACCAUUUCAAAUUUCCAGACAUUUUUAAAAAGAGAGCCUAACCCUACCACACACAAGAGAGGCCAAAACAGGAUGCACUUACAUCCGAAACCUCAAGAGAAUCACGAGCUGUGGCGGUAUAAAAGCCGCAGAGAGGCCAGGCACCACCGUCGGGCGCGCACCCUCUCCGGUCCGUUCUUGGUGUAAUGUCCGUGUAGGGCCAGGCAAUCUCUGUUUAGCCUCAACUUACUUUCUGCAUCUCACAAAACCAUUUUUUUGCAAUAAAUUCAGACUGCAGUCUAGAUCGAACGAAGAGGGCGAGCCAACCUCACCAUGAGGAAAAAAUCUUGCUAUGGGAAGGAUCGGCUUGCGAGGUUGAGUGGUUCCAGGUAGAAAUGGCACCGCUGGUUCCGCCAUCGCCUUCAGGCACUUUCUCCUGGAGGGAAGGAGUACCCUCACCCCCCCCACCCCAGCCCCCUUGGUUUGGCCUGCCCACUUCCUAAUCUCUCCCCUUUGCCUCUGGCAUCUGUUCAGCUUUAUCCUGCACAGGAAUGCAAGCAGCACAGAGCGGCCGAGGACGCGGGCAGGGCUGGAGGUCCGGUCUGCACUUAGGCAAAAGAAAGUGGCUUGGGGGGGCUCCGGGUCAUUAAAGACACCUCCGGCCCACUCCCAGGAGUCCCAGUGGCAACUUACAAUGUCACAGAAUGGAACUCGGUAACAGAACCACAAGUUACUACAUUGGACUGUUUCCAGAGUUUAGGUAAAAGUGGAAGCACUCCUAAGGGAACUCAGAACACCUUGCCUGAAAGCAUCCAUGGAGACUGUUGUGAUUGUGGCCAUUGGGGUGCUGGCAACCAUCUUCUUGGCUUCUUUUGUGGCUCUGGUGGUGGUUUGCAGACAACGUUACUGCCGGCCCAAGGACUUCCUGAACCACUAUGAUACAAGACCUAUUGUCGACCUUAUGGGCACCAUGGAGACUCAGUCAGAACCAUCGGAGCUAGAGUUGGAUGAUGUGGUGAUCACAAACCCUCAUAUUGAAGCAAUUCUGGAGAAUGAAGACUGGAUUGAAGAUGCUUCGGGCCUGGUCUCCCACUGCAUUGCUAUCCUCAAGAUUUGCCACACUCUCACAGAGAAGCUGGUUGCCAUGACAAUGGGUUCAGGGGCCCAAAUGAAAUCUCCAGCAAGCCUGAGUGACAUCAUUGUGGUUGCCAAGCGCAUCAGUCCCAGAGUGGAUGAUGUGGUCCGAUCUAUGUACCCGCCAUUGGACCCCAAACUUUUAGAUGCCAGGACCACCGCCUUGCUGCUCUCCGUGAGCCAUUUGGUCCUGAUCACCCGGAAUGCCUGCCACUCUUCCAGCCGCAUGGACUGGAUCGACCAAUCCCUGUCUGCCGCAGAGGAGCACAUGGCUGUGCUGCGCGAGGCAGCCCUUGCCUCGGAACCAGAGCGUGCUGCCCCCAGCGCGGAGGGAUUUUUGCAAGAGCAGUCUACCAUUUGAAAGCAGAAUCUGAAAGCCUUCUUCCCACAAUCACCUCUUCUCUCGACCCUCUCCUGGCAUCACUGACAAAAAAAAAGCUUAUGCAGUGUGAUGCAAAUCAUAGUUUGGCUGAGUGUCUUACUCCCUAGAGUGGACAGAACUGAAUCUCCACUCUGUUGCUGGUUUGUUCUCUUGGAAUUGAAAGGAUUAUAGGGGUGCUGAGAUCUAUAUUGAGGGGCUUGAGAGCUGCAUGUAGCCCACAAACACUUUUGUCCACUCCUAAACUGGCUUGACUCUGUGACAGCUUACAUGGUGGAGUGAGUGAGAAGCAUGAUCCUGAGAAUAGUCUAGUCAUGGCAGUUGCACUUCUUCUUUGGGGUGUGAAAUUGUGACACUGAUUAAUCUAUUUUUCCUCUGAUAAAUGAGAUUUCUUCAGAAUUAUGUGCCCCAGACAUCAGAGUUGCAAACCGUACCUGUGUUUACAUUACAAUUAGCAAUCACAGAACAAAACACAUUCAGUGCAAGGUACACUCAGUGUAAGAUAUGGCAGUAAAGGAAAUCACAUGCUAUGAUGAGCAGUGUCCUUCACCAGUGGAAAGUAUUCUAAAAGGUACUAGGCAUAUAUGUUUGUUCAGGGGCAGACAACUACCUGAAAUCUAGAGGAUCUUGGAACUCUUCCAAAAGGUCUCACUGCCACUGCGUCUGCUGCCAUAAUAGGCACCCCACCUCACCCCAUCUAGUUUGACUUUGAGACAAAUUAAACACUAGAAGUACUGUUGGGACAGCUCAUCUGCAAUGCAGAAAAUGUAGUUAUGGCAGUUGUUUUUUCUGUAUAAUAGCAGAAAAAUUGUGUUGAAUUUUGAAGAUCUUGUGGCUAUCAGUUUCUGUAGGUGUAUCUCAGGGUUUUUACUCAGCUACUAUCUACACUGGCAACUGUAAACAGCUGGGUAGACGCAGUUAAUGACUUGCAUAUAUUAAUAGCCUGAAAUUACAACUGCUCAGUUGUAAUUUUUUUAUAGAGAGCCUGCCUCUUCCCCAAUCCCUUCUUAGUCCAAUUUGUGUGUUUUUUUAAUCAUAAGAGAUUUUUGUUAAUAUGUAAAUCACCCUCAGAUUUCUCCCCUUUAUAAUUCAAAUUACAUAACAUUAAACUGGCAGUCCUCAGAUAAUACCUUUACCCAUCAAAUGCAUGUAUGUUUUUUGCUUCAGUCCAUGCUUAAGAACUACUCCCAUUCUUAAUAACUACUCCCACUCUACAAUCUGGAUAUGCAGUCUGGUUAUGACUGCUCUUUGGUACUCUGUACAUGUACUGUAUUCUGAACUCAACAAUAACAACCCAAACGGGGUGGGGAAAAUAUACACAACCCUUCUCCUGAAGGAAGAUAUGACUGAAUUCCAUCAACUAAAUCUUCACCUGUAUGCUUGUUACUCCCACUUCUUCACAUAACUAUACAUUUUUGUAGUUCAGUCUUUGCUGAGAUUUUUACCAGUUGUCACUCCUUUUUUCUCCCUUGUUGUUCAUGUUAUUGUCUUGAAAUAAAUAAUAUUUCUCAUUACCUCAA